AUGGCCUAUGCCCCUCACGACCUUUCACGACCCUCACUUCGGCAACAUCCUAGAAGCAGCCGCUCCCGCUCCUACCACAUCGCCGUUCCUCACAGACCCCGCAAGUCCAUCUACGAUGUUUUCGGAAUGUGGGGAGUUUCGAACCCGCGCGAGGAAGCCGGUGAAGAGAAGAAUCUCUCGAUCACGAUGGACAAGUCCGUAUGGCCGCACGAAGCAAGUGAGUCCGGGCCUCUCAUGCCAGACGCCAACCUCCAAGCGCGCCAACGACUUGCGGACGUGCUUGGGCUCUCCCCUCUCCAACACCCCUUGGAAGCGGACGCUGUCAAGCCGCACACUUCCCCGGUGCAUGGGCGCGUACGCGGGAAGACCUCCCGGCGCUUGCAAGGCCUCGCGGCCUCGCGGGGCCUUCGAGUGCUCGCUCCUGCAGCACCUCUCAAUGCGCCAGAGGACGACAUGGAUCCGGAACAUGGGCUGAACAAUCUGGCUCACGCAAACCUGCGAGACCAUUUGGAUACCGAGAACCUCGUGUGGCGCAUCGACGUGUGCGCAGACGCGGUCGUUCAAACGUCCCUUUGUCUGCGGGCCUGCCCGCUGCUUAAAGAUCCUGGCGCGAUCGCCGAGCUGUGCGAGCACCGCUUGACGGAAACGCUGACGCGCAUCCGUCGGGCUCUCGAGAAGACCCCGACAACUUCAUCGUCCAAGGGGAAAGGCGCCACGCCUGGCUCACCAGCCACUGCCAAAUCAUGGCUUCUCUGGACAGGAACCUCGUCCACUUCUAUCGGCUCGUGGACCAUGAAGUUUGCGGAUCUCGCCCGGCGCAUCGCGAUCUCGCACGAGAAGCUGCGCGCGAUCGAUCUGCGCACAGUGCAUGAGUUCUUGGGGGGCGUCCGCCGCCAGGCGCGCCAGAAGCAGGCUCAGAUCCGAGAAGACAUCAGGGAGGCGAAGGUCGCAAUCACGAACCUUCGCAGGCAGAGGGAGGAUCCUGGUAUCGAGGAGGAGCUCGAUCUCGGAGCUGAGGCCUGA